AUGGGUCUUGUAUCAGAUUUUUAUAGGGGUCAAACUGUGCUGCUGACUGGGGGCAGCGGGUUCGUUGGGAAGGUAGUGCUGUGCCGUCUGCUGCAGCAAGAUAGCUGCAGGAAGAUAUAUUUGCUGCUGCGGCCUUCACGGGGUGUAUCUGCAGCUGCUCGCUUGCAUGAUACUAUUUUAAAGAGCGAUGUAUUUGAAGGUUUAAGAAAAGAGAAGGGCUCAGGGUUUUCUUCUUUUGUCUCUUCUCGUGUUGCUGCAGUUCAGGGUGAUUUGCUGUCUCCAACAUUAGGUUUAUCUGCAGCAGCAGCAGCAGCACUGCAGCAAGAAGUAUCAGUAAUAUUACAUAUAGCAGCAUCUGUACACUUCAAUUCUCCGUUAAAAGAAAAUUAUAAUAGUAAUGUCUUAGGCACUCUUCAUACUCUUAACUUCGCGAGAAGGUGUGCUAACCUACAAGUAUUUAUUCAUACUUCUACUUGUUAUGUUAACAGCGAUAAGACAGGCACAGUAGAAGAAAAGAUAAUCCCCCUGCAUUGGAACCCUCAAGACCUUCAUCUGGCUGUCAGAAGGUUCAUCGAUAUUGUCGAUAAGGGGGAGGCAGAGGAUGUUGAGGGUUUAGAGCGGCAGCUGUUAGGACGUUUUCCGAACACUUACGCCUUUACGAAGCGUUUAUGUGAAUUAUUAAUUGCAAGAGAGUGGCAGAUAGCUAAUGCAGCAGCAGACCAGCAGCAGCAGCAGCAGCAGCAGCAGCAGCAGCAGCAGCAGCAGCAGCAGCAGCAGGAGAGCUUUUUCGGCGCGUUGGGGAUCCUUCAAUGUUUACCCGCUAAUCCUGAUUUGAUAGGAGAUCAGGUCCCUGUAGAUGUUGUAGCAGAUUCUUUAAUUGUUGCUGCUGCUACUGUUGCUGCUUCGCAUGUAGUGCUGGCGCAGCAAGCUGCUGCAGCAGGAACUGCAACAGCAGCAGUAACAGCAGCAGCAGCAGCAAAAGGACCUGCAGUAGCAGCAACUCGCGCAGCAGCAAAACAUGUAAAGCCUAGCUGCAUGCUGCUUCCAGUCGAAUUACCUCCUCUUCAGCACGUGUCUCCAGCAGCAGCAGCAGCAGCAGCAGGAGCAGGAGCAGCAGCAGCAGAUCCUUCUGCCGCAGUAGUUGCUUCGGUAGGCCCUUGUUCUGCUGCACCUGCUGUUGCUCCUGCGGGUUGCAGCACAGCUGUGAAGACGUCAAACCCAUCCCCGGAAGCAGCAGCAGCAGCCGCAGCAGCAGCAACAGCAGCAGCAGCAGCAGCAACAGGAGGGAGGCCUGGGGUGUAUGUAAUUCACAGCUGCAGCAGCGACUUAAACCCUACAUACUGGAGAGACUUGCUUGUGCACGGCAGAGAAUAUAAUUCUCUCUGUCCCCUCUUCUCUCGCAUUCGGAGACAUCUUACGACUCCUUUCUUUGAUAUGGACUUCAAACAAUUCAAAAGGUAA